CUGAAAAUGAAACUGCAGAAAUUUUUAUAAACAUAACUCAAACAUGUGGAAUGUAAACCACACAUAUGAAAAUGCAAUAUCAUGUUUUAACAAAUGUAAAUCUAAAUAACCAAAUUUAAUGUCUUAAAAGCACUAAAAGUAUACAAGUACAUAAUAUAAGAGAGAUAAAAGAUAUAUUAUAGGGAAAAGUGUAUGAAUAUGAAUUAUUAUUGUUGGGAUAUAUUAUCCCGGCCUAUUACUGUUCAGGAGCCCAAGACAUUGUCCAGUACGGAGCCCGAGCAGCUAGGUCCAUUUCGGCCCAUUCUGGCCCGCUUUGGCCAUUGGGCCCGACAUCGGCCGUUUGGCCCAUUAGGGUGGAGUACUUCACUCCCCCUAUUCCCUAUUUAUAGGAGGUUUUCCCUCCAUGUUUGGGGAGCCUUUCUUGGAUCCUUUCUUUAGCUCUAUCUUCCUUCUCUUUUAGACUUAGCUCAAUACUCCAUUAAUGGAGCUCAAAUGGUACUUGUAAUGGUGAGGAGAGUCCUAAUGAGAAAGAGAGGGCUUGGACAUUAGCCUAAAAAGUCCCGUGGUUUUCUCCCUUUCGGGUUUCCACGUAAAAACUGAGUUGUUCAUACACAUUUAUACAUAUAUUUACUAUAUCGUGUUGGAUUAAACUCAACACUGGCGCCGUCUGUGGGAAUCUGUCCAAAAAGAUUCAUGUGUUUCUACUAUUCUUGAGUUUCUACAAAAAAUUCAUACAGAAAAAGACUGAUUUGCAACAAGAAAAAGGAUCCUGAAAAGCAAAACAUGAGGAAGAAGAUUCUGGGAACGAGGAAGAAGGAAGUCUAGAGAAAGAAAAAUGAUUUCAGCAAAAAGAAAGAAAAACUUCUGGAGCUUUGGCCUUGGGAAGCUCCGGACCUGAAGCAAGAAUGUGGCUGCCAGCAGCACCUGCCCAAUUGACCGAGGAAGAAGAAAAGCGAAAAGAAAGAUUCUGGGAAAAAGAAGGGAUGAAGUCCAGAUCUGGAAGUUGGCGGACCACGGCCGGAGAAGCCGUCCGUACCGCCGCGCGCUCCACCAAGGGCUCGCUGACAUACGAUGUAAAACUUGCCUAGCUUUUCCGGCCAUCGUCAUCGCUGGCAGCGCCGCUCUCCGCCUCCGUUGCGGUGCAAUUGCCGGCCUCAGCUCCCCCUGGUUGCACGAACCUCAGAGAAGGUCCGCCAUUAAUGGCCGCUGAGGGCUUCGGGAGUGACAACCGUAAAUCAGUGCACCCCCAUGGCUCGAGGUUGAGGGAGUUCCGCCGGUUAUGCCGGAGUCCUAGCUGGCGACCACGCCACCGAUCCUUGUCGCUCCGCCGCUAAUGUCGCCUGAGGCAGCUUUGUCCUGGCCAUCAUCGGCCGCUGCUGCGUUGUGCGUGGGCUCCCUUCGACCAGCUACAGUAGCUGAGUAACAAUCGGGCUACAUAUUGGCCGUAGGGGUAGCUGCCAGCUUGCAAAAUGCGAAGGCUAGGUAAUUGGAGGUUUUUUGGCAGUUUUGACCAAGUCCAGCAAGGUUGAGCAAAUGGUUUUCACAAAACCCCUGGCCGAGUAUCAACUUUGAAGCUAAGUAUUCAGUCUCCAAAUUUCCAAUUAAAGUACUUGGCACUAGCUUUAAAAUAUUAUUACUCGGUAGUAUUGCUAGUAUUUUAUCACCAUUAUUUAUUGGGACUAAAAGCAUCCCAAAAUUAAAUAAUGUCGAGCCAAGCUCGAAGUGAUAAUUAGUUUCACCGUCAUUUAAAAUUAAGUGACUGGGUGUUGUGGGCCCGUCGGCCCGCUCCUGAUCGGCUUUAAUUAGCGAACGGAGUAUGCUUGAAUGGCCUUUGAUAGGAAAGUAUCAUUGCUAUUACCGGUUAUAUCACUAUUAUUUAUUAGGGAUAAAAUGUCCCGAAUUAAAUAAUGUUGAGCGAGGCUCAAGUGAUGGUUAGUUCAGCUAACAUUUUAUUAAGUAUUUAAUUUCUUGUGGCCCCGAUGACCCACUCUCAAUCAGCUUGAUUAGCGAUCUGAGCGUCUCCAGAGGGUAGUGCCCCGAUGACGCGUUUUAAUUUGAGGGUUGCGCAUUAGUCCGCACGGCACUACGUGUUCGAUCGACGAUCGUACCCCAGUAUCAUUUACGCCAUUAGGCGCGAAAUGACUAUUGCCAAACGUGGCCUGUGGGGCCCCGAGGGCACCAAAGCGCUCGGCCUCGUGUUUCCGAGGGCGGUGCGACCAACUUGGGUCUGAGUUUGAAAACUCACGGACCGAUGAAUAUCUCUAUGUGACGUUCGGCGGGCUGCCAGUUGGCCCCGCCGUGAGCUGCUGCAUCCAUCAGUCCCGCACGAUGAGCCGGGCCGAGGGUCACGAUGACCCAUAGGCCGGUAUUCGUGGAUGUUAGAGAGAAGCCAUACGACUGCCUAUGUGUGUAUACAUAUUGUCGGGCCGCGCGGCCCGUUACCAUGCUUAUUACGCAGUUGGAGCUGCUCGACGCGCUCGAGCAAGAUGAUUGAAAGACGCGGGGCCUGAGUCUCAAAGACGUUCAGGGCCAGCUAAAGAGGAGACCACCACGGUUGAGAACUGUGGGACGAACAUCUCCACCCCAGAGACUGAUGGCCUAGGAAGAACACCUAGAGGCCGAGGGUCUAGAGUGGACUACCACGGCGGAGGACCGUGAGACGAUCAUCCAUCAUUCAGAGGCCGAGGGCCUAGAGGAGACCAUCACGGCCAAGGGUCGUGAAACCAUCCUGAUUUUCAGGUCGGCCUCUCAUUGCCGACAUCAUCAUAUCACGACCGGCCUCUCGGCAUGGCGUGAUUAUCAUGUUUGAAGACCGGCCUCGUCCCCGCGCUGCGCGGAUGAGGACCGUUGCUUGGUUCUUUCAUGUCGGCCUCUCAUUGCCGACACCAUCAUACCACGACCGGCCUCUCGGCUCGGCGUGUUCAUCUUUUGAAGACCGGCCUCGUCCCCACACCUCGCAGACGAGGACCGCUGCUUGGUUCUUUCAGGUCGGCCUAUCAUUGCCGACACCACUAUAUCACGACCGGCCUCUCGGCACGGCGUGAGUAUCAUCUUUUGAAGACCGGCCUCGUCCCCGCGCUGCGCGGGCGAAGACCGUUGCUGGAUUUCUUCCAGGUCGGCCUCUCAUUGCCGACAUCAUCAUAUCACGACCGGCCUCUCGGCAUGGCGUGAUUAUCAUGUUUGAAGACCGGCCUCGUCCCCGCGCUGCGCGGAUGAGGACCGUUGCUUGGUUCUUUCAUGUCGGCCUCUCAUUGCCGACACCAUCAUACCACGACCGGCCUCUCGGCUCGGCGUGUUCAUCUUUUGAAGACCGGCCUCGUCCCCACACCUCGCGGACGAGGACCGCUGCUCGGUUCUUUCAGGUCGGCCUAUCAUUGCCGACACCACUAUAUCACGACCGGCCUCUCGGCACGGCGUGAGUAUCAUCUUUUGAAGACCGGCCUCGUCCCCGCGCUGCGCGGACGAAGACCGUUGCUGGAUUUCUUCCAGGUCGGCUCUCAUCGCCGACAUCAUUAUAUCACGACUGGCCUCUCAGCCCGGCGUGAUUGUCAUAUUUGAAGAUCGGCCUCGUCCCCGCACUGCGCAGACGAGGACCGUUGCUGGAUUCUUUCAGGUCGGCCUCUCAUUGCCAACGUCAUUAUAUCAUGACCGGCCUCCUGGCUCGGCGUGUUUUCCACAUUUGAAGACCGGCCUCAUCCCUGCUCCUCGUGGAUGAGGACCGUUGCUUGCUAUCUCAGAUCGGCCUCACAUUGCCGAUAUCAUUAUAUCACGACCGGCCUCUCGGCUCGGCGUGCUUAUCUUUUGAAGACCGGACUCGUCCCCGCUCCUCGCGGAUGCGGGCCGCUGCUUGACUCUUGUAGGUCGGCCCCUCAUUGCCGACAUUGUCACAUCAUGUUCGGCCUCUCAUCGCCGACAUCAUCAUACCACGACCAGCCUCUCGGCUUGGCGUGCUUAUCUUUUGAAGACCGGCCUCGUCCCCGCCACAUCGCGGACGAGGACCGUUGUUUGAUUCUUUCAGGUCGGCCUCUCACUGCCGACACUAUCAUGUUAUGUUCGGCCUCUCGGCACGACAUAUUAUCUUUUGAAGACCGGUUUCAUCCCCGCGCUGCGUGGAUGAGAGCCGUUGCUUGGAUAUAUCGGCCUGAUCGGACACUAUUGUCAUCUCCUUAUCAGGACCGACUGCUCAGCGGCAUUAUGAUCAUUGUUUGUCGGCUCCCAAUGCCGACCCUCUUGAGUUUGCGAUCGGGCUCACGACUCCCCUCCAGGAGGGUGACCAGGGCCUUCGCAUGACGAUCAGCUAUUCUAUCGCCUCGUCAUUAUAUUCGUUCGCUAUGCCACCACCAUUAUGUGUGACAUUCCGUGAUCCCUGCGAGUUUCUUGGAUACCGAAUGUCUUCUUCGAUGUAAGAAGAUCGGUAGGACCACGGACCAGGGACGGACAAAGAAGAGCUAGGGAAUCUCGAUGUAGAUAAACCUGUUCCUCCUUGCGAGUUUCGCGGAUACCGAACGUCUCUUCGAAGCAAGAGCGCCGGUAGGACCAAGAACCAAGGACGAACGAAGAAUAUAGAUUGCCUCCCUCAAACCAAAAAAAAAAAAAAAAAAGAUGGGGAGAAGAGGAGGGUAGCUCCUAUGUGGAAGGGAAUCUUGCCCGGGCGUGCCAGAUCUUCUCCCACCGCCGAAGACGAACGCCUCUCGAUGUAGAAGUUAGUAGAGACGCGGAGGGGGCUAGACGAACCAAGGGAGCUUUGCCAAGAUAAACCUGUUUAUCCCACAAUGACCAUGGAUCGAUGGACGUGGGAUAACAAAGUCGGGAACCCGUGAGGGUGAACCUGUUCGUCCCUGCGAGUUCCUUGGGUACCGAACGUCCUCUUCGAAGCAAGAGAUGCCGGUAAGACUAAAAGGACCACGGACGAACGAAAAAAGGGGGAAUCUCGAUGUAGAUAAACCUGUUCCUCCUUGCGAUGUCGGCGGACACCGAACGUCUCCUCGAAGUAGGGACGCCGGUAGGACCAGGGACCAAGGACGAACAAAGACUAAAAGACUCCAAAAAAAAAAAGAGAGAUGCCAGAAGAGCACGGAGCAAAGAAUGAUUUUAUCCCUCGGCGCUAUUAGCCGGGAAAUACAAACUGAAAAACAUAUGUAAAGAAUAAUUACAAAACUUAAGUAUGAAGAAUGAAGUGGCCGACGACGAUCGGCUAACAUCAGGCUUUCUUUUGCCUUGGACGACGAAUACCAGCUCCCCAGAUCAGACAGAUGGACGACGCCCAGGUCCACCCUUCCUCCCAGGAUGAAGUCCUGACAGACGAUCGGCUUCUCAUAGCCAGCCAAGACGGAUCGUACCUGAUUUCACGGCUCGGCUCGCCCAUUCCCUCCAGGAUGGCGACGACCGUCUUGUGCAGCACGACCGGCUUCUCAGCGCCAUCGUGUCUCUUUCACGUUCGGAUCGCCCCAUUCCCUCCAGGAUGGCGACGAACGUCUUAUGCAGUGCGAUCGGCCCCUCAGCGCCAUCGUACCUGGCUUCACGGUUCGGCUCGCCCAUUCCCUUCGGGAUGGCGACGACCGUCCUAUGCAGCACGAUCGGCUUCUUAGCGCCAUCGUGUCUCUUUCACGUUCGGAUCGCCCAUUCCCUUCCAGGGUGGCGACGAACGUCUUAUGCAGUGCGAUCGGCCCCUCAGCGCCAUCGUACUUGGCUUCACGGUUCGGCUCGCCCAUUCCCUUCAGGAUGGCGACGACCGUCCUAUGCAGCACGAUCGGCUUCUCAGCGCCAUCGUGUCUCUUUCACGUUCGGAUCGCCCAUUCCCUUCCAGGGUGGCGACGAACGUCUUAUGCAGUGCGAUCGGUCCCUCAGCGCCAUCGUACUUGGCUUCACGGUUCGGCUCGCCCAUUCCCUUCAGGAUGGCGACGACCGUCCUAUGCAGCACGAUCGGCUUCUCAGCGCCAUCGUGUCUCUUUCACGUUCGGAUCGCCCAUUCCCUUCCAGGGUGGCGACGAACGUCUUAUGCAGUGCGAUCGGCCCCUCAGCGCCAUCGUACUUGGCUUCACGGUUCGGCUCGCCCAUUCCCUUCAGGAUGGCGACGACCGUCCUAUGCAGCACGAUCGGCUUCUCAGCGCCAUCGUGUCUCUUUCACGUUCGGAUCGCCCCAUUCCCUUCCAGGGUGGCGACGAACGUCUUAUGCAGUACGAUCGGCCCCUCAGCGCCAUCGUACUUGGCUUCACGGUUCGGCUCGCCCAUUCCCUUCAGGAUGGCGACGACCGUCCUAUGCAGCACGAUCGGCUUCUCAGUGCCAUCGUGUCUCUUUCACGUUCGGAUCGCCCAUUCCCUUCCAGGGUGGCGACGAACGUCUUUAUGCAGCACGAUCAGCGCCCCAGCGCCAUCGUGUCUGGCUCACGUUAGGGUCGCCCAUCCCUUCCAGGAUGGCGACGAACGUCUUUAUGCAGCACGAUCAGCGCCCCAGCGCCAUCGUGUCUGGCUCACGUUAGGGUCGCCCAUCCCUUCCAGGAUGGCGACGAACGUCUUUAUGCAGCACGAUCAGCGCCCCAGCGCCAUCGUGUCUGGCUCACGUUAGGGUCGCCCAUCCCUUCCAGGAUGGCGACGAACGUCUUUAUGCAGCACGAUCAGCGCCCCAGCGCCAUCGUGUCUGGCUCACGUUAGGGUCGCCCAUCCCUUCCAGGAUGGCGACGAACGUCUCUUAUGCAGCACGAUCAGCGCCCCAGCGCCAUCGUGUCUGGUUCACGUUAGGGUCGCCCAUCCCUUCCAGGAUGGCGACGAACGUCUUUAUGCAGCACGAUCAGCGCCCCAGCGCCAUCGUGUCUGGCUCACGUUAGGGUCGCCCAUCCCUUCCAGGAUGGCGACGAACGUCCUUAUGCAGCACGAUCAGCGCCCCAGCGCCAUCGUGUCUGGCUCACGUUAGGGUCGCCCAUCCCUUCCAGGAUGGCGACGAACGUCUUUAUGCAGCACGAUCAGCGCCCCAGCGCCAUCGUGUCUGGCUCACGUUAGGGUCGCCCAUCCCUUCCAGGAUGGCGACGAACGUCUUUAUGUAGCACGAUCAGCGCCCCAGCGCCAUCGUGUCUGGCUCACGUUAGGGUCGCCCAUCCCUUCCAGGAUGGCGACGAACGUCUCUUAUGCAGCACGAUCAGCGCCCCAGCGCCAUCGUGUCUGGUUCACGUUAGGGUCGCCCAUCCCUUCCAGGAUGGCGACGAACGUCUCUUAUGCAGCACGAUCAGCGCCCCAGCGCCAUCGUGUCUGGUUCACGUUAGGGUCGCCCAUCCCUUCCAGGAUGGCGACGAACGUCUCUUAUGCAGCACGAUCAGCGCCCCAGCACCAUCGUGUCUGGCUCACGUUAGGGUCGCCCAUCCCUUUCAGGAUGGCGACGAACGGCUCUUAUGCAGCACGUCUGCCCCUCGGCGCUGACAUGCCUGGUUUAUCGAUGAGAGCCACCGCUUUCUAUCACAUCUUGCAUUCCCUCUCUCAUACAUUGCACCCAUACAUUACAUGCAUUCAUGCAUCAUACCUCAUACAUUCAUACAUACACACGUGCAUCAUGUUUUGACAGUACCGCGACGUCGGUUUAUAGAUGCAUGAACCCCUAAGCUUCUCCGAUUGGAAAGCUCGAGUCAGAGUCCUUUACUCCCGCCUGAUGCAUUCAGGGGGAGUGUGCCCGUGAAGGAGCACCCUUCGCCCGACCCCGUCGGGAAGGGGGGUGCCUCACCGGCAGAUUACGUUCACGAGUGCAGACACCCACUCAUAUAUUAUGAUUAUGUGAAGACACAGGUUCCAGCUAGACAGAGGAAGAGCGCAGGCAAGAGUAUAUUUUCUCGAGCAGAUUCGCACGCUCACUACUCAAGAAACUGGGGGACUUGUGUUGGGAUAUAUUAUCCCGGCCUAUUACUGUUCAGGAGCCCAAGACAUUGUCCAGUACGGAGCCCGAGCAGCUAGGUCCAUUUCGGCCCAUUCUGGCCCGCUUUGGCCAUUGGGCCCGACAUCGGCCGUUUGGCCCAUUAGGGUGGAGUACUUCACUCCCCCUAUUCCCUAUUUAUAGGAGGUUUUCCCUCCAUGUUUGGGGAGCCUUUCUUGGAUCCUUUCUUUAGCUCUAUCUUCCUUCUCUUUUAGACUUAGCUCAAUACUCCAUUAAUGGAGCUCAAAUGGUACUUGUAAUGGUGAGGAGAGUCCUAAUGAGAAAGAGAGGGCUUGGACAUUAGCCUAAAAAGUCCCGUGGUUUUCUCCCUUUCGGGUUUCCACGUAAAAACUGAGUUGUUCAUACACAUUUAUACAUAUAUUUACUAUAUCGUGUUGGAUUAAAC